AUGACCACCUCACUACCGCCACAAGCUGGCCAGUUGGACCUGUCUAAGAAGUUAUUCCAGCUACGAUCAAGCAAUAAUCGCCGAUCCCAAUCCAACUCUUCCCGAGACCCAACCCCGAUCACCCCUCCUUUACCUUCGCCACCCAACCUUUCCACCCACCAAUACUCCCACCCCGUUCGCCGCAUCCUAUCACCGAAAGACCAUGAGCUCUUCUUGACAUCUCCCACAUACAAACUAGUACUCGCCUUUAUUUUUGGUCUAUCCGAUUCUAUCCGUGGCCGGGCCAUCACCGAUCUACAAAACAAGUCGGAGUCCGAUCACAUCUCCAAAAUCGCCUCCAUUGUAGGGAGGCUACAAUCGCUGCUAGAGAAGCACCCAGCACUUGAUCAAGGUGGCUCUCGAUUCGGAAAUCCCGCGUUCAGGGCUUUCUUCGACGACGUGGCUACACAGAGCGCAUCAUGGCACACCGAGGUCCUGGGGUUGACGGACCCUGCAGCAAUCGACGAGGCGUCCACAUACCUGGUCCAGUCAUUGGGUUCGCGAGAUCGACUUGAUUACGGAUCAGGCCACGAGUUGAACUUUAUGAUGUGGCUGUUGGAACUUUACCAGUUAGGCUUGCUUUCGAAGACUGAAUUCCCCGCCGUGGUGUUCAAGGUCUACAUGCAGUACCUGCAUCUCAUGCGUGACAUUCAAUCCACAUACUACCUCGAGCCUGCAGGGUCACAUGGUGUCUGGGGUCUGGAUGACUAUCACUUCCUCCCUUUCCUCUUCGGAGCUAGCCAGCUGGUAGACCAUCCCUACAUCACACCGCUUGGUAUUCACAACACGGCCAUGUUGGAUGAGGAAGGCAACAAGUACAUCUAUCUGGAUCAGAUCCGGUGGGUGGACAGCGUCAAGACAGUCAAGGGUCUGCGCUGGCACAGCCCCAUGCUGGAUGAUAUCUCCGGUGCCAAGAAUUGGUUCAAGGUAGAGAGCGGCAUGAAGAAGAUGUUUGUCAAGGAGGUUCUCGGCAAGCUCCCCAUCAUGCAGCACUUCCUCUUCGGAAGCUUGUUACCUGCUGCCGAGGGGAUGGGUGAGCUCUCUGAGGGUGGUGAUGAGCAUGAUCAUGAAGAUGGCCAAUGUCAUGACCACCCUCAUGGCCACACGACUACCGAUUACUUUGGUGACUGCUGUGGUAUCAAGGUCCCCAGUACGAUUGCCGCCGGCGCGGAAAUGCGCAAGCGGAUGGGUGGGUCUAACCUGCGUCCGAUUCCCUUCGACUAA